AUGGAAGCAUAUUUUGCAGAUUCAUUUGCAAAGCUWACUGAGAAAGUGAAACUGCAAUGCAUAUAUCCAAAAAAAGCUGUGAAAAUGCAAACAUCCUGGAUGAAACCUAAUGUAACUCAUAAAGAAAAACAUCCAAUUUGUGGCACACAUAUCACAGACAAAUACAAUAAAAGAAUUUAUUUUGGAAAUAGGGACAAGUCCUUAUCCUUCAUCAAGAGCACUGUGAAAGAUGAUGAUGCUUUUGAAGUGUCUGAGAAACAAAAUAAUCCCAUGUUUACUGAGCCAGAAGGAAAUGUUGCUUUUACUUGCCCUUAAAAAAUUGGAGAUUCAGCACAGUGAGCAAUGUGGGAAAGGAUUAAAGCAGAUAUUAUCUGRGUAGGUAUUAUCAUUCUGUGCAACUCAUCAGGAAAGCAGAGUUUUGGUUCAGAUUUCAAAGGACGUACACCAGUGGAUUGUUCUGAUCAGGAAAACUCCAGGAUUGUCUUUCAAAACAUUAGAGCCUCUGACUCUUCAAUGUUCUGCCCUGUAGCUGCAGGGAGAAACAAAAACUAUGUGAUGAGUUUUACAGUGGCUGAACGUCCCCUGGUGAAGCUUGAGGGAGUCUCUUGUCCUGUCACUGKUUUCCUGGGAAAAGAGACCAAUCCUCAUUUUCAGGUGGUUUUAGAGACUGACAGGGUCUCCUCUGAUCCUCCUUUUCUCCAGGAUAAACCACCCCAGCUCCUUCAGCUGCCCUCAUACAAUUUACAAGAAGGAGAUGCUUUGGAAGGAGAGCAACUGCCUGUGUUUGCAGGAAGAGAUGGGCGUUCUCCCAAAGAAGGCACGAGGAGAAUUCCCCAUCAGCACACUUUUAUGCUGAUUUAUAUUUAUACCAAUUGUAUUUAUUACAAUCAUAUUUUACCAACUUGGGAUCACAAAUGGCUUAGUGUCUACAUAACUGAAGGGAUUUCUACUACUGUUUUGCUGUUAGAUUUCCUACUGAUCUUCUGCAUCACCAUUGCUUAUCACAAAAACCUCCUGCUAACAGUUAUGGAAGAUCCAAUUUUCAUGGCAUACACAGCAGAGAAAGGAGAAGAAUCAUCGCUCCAGCAGACAGAGGAGAUUUACGUCAACUGCAAAAACGUCUCACACAAACAUAAGAAAAGACCAUUAGGUUCUUUCUUAAGAAUGAAGUACCCAGAGCACAGGCCUUUCAUUUGCAGCACAGACUUUAUUUUCUCUGUGCUGGCAAGACGUGGAAGGUCAAACUGGCUGUGCUGGGCAGCACCUGGGCUGCUUUAG